AUGGAGCAGUGGCGACAGUGCGGCCGCUGGCUCAUCGACUGCAAGGUCCUGCCGCCCAACCACCGGGUCGUGUGGCCCUCGGCCGUGGUCUUCGACCUGGCGCAGGCGCUGCGCGACGGCGUGCUCCUGUGCCAGCUGCUGCACAACCUCUCCCCCGGCUCCAUCGACCUGAAGGACAUCAACUUCCGGCCGCAGAUGUCCCAGUUCCUGUGUCUGAAGAACAUUCGCACCUUCCUGAAAGUCUGCCAUGAUAAGUUCGGGUUAAGAAACAGUGAGCUGUUCGACCCUUUCGACCUCUUCGAUGUCCGAGACUUUGGGAAGGUCAUCUCUGCGGUGUCGAGACUGUCCCUGCACAAUGCGGCCCAGAACAAAGGGAUCAGGCCCUUCCCCUCGGAGGAGACCGCGGAGGACGAGGACGACGUGUACCGCAGCCUGGAGGAGCUGGCUGAUGAGCAUGACCUGGGUGAGGACAUCUACGACUGCGUCCCGUGUGAGGAUGAAGGGGACGACAUCUACGAGGACAUCAUCAAGGUGGAGGUGCAGCAGCCCAUGAAAAUGGGCAUGACGGAGGACGACAAGAGGAACUGCUGUUUGCUGGAGAUCCAGGAGACCGAGGCCAAGUACUACCGGACCCUGGAGGACAUCGAGAAGAACUACAUGGGCCCCCUGAGGCUGGUGCUGAGCCCGGCGGACAUGGCGGCCGUCUUCGUCAACCUGGAGGACCUGAUCAAGGUGCAUCACAGCUUCCUGAGGGCCAUCGACGUGGCCAUGAUGGCUGGGGGCGGCAGUCUGGCCAAGAUCUUCCUCGAGUUCAAGGAGAGGCUCCUGAUCUACGGGGAGUACUGCAGCCACAUGGAACACGCCCAGAACACGCUGAACCAGCUCCUCGCCAGCCGGGAAGACUUCAGACUGAAAGUCGAGGAAUGCACACUGAAGGUCCAGGACGGCAAGUUCAAGCUGCAGGACCUGCUGGUGGUGCCCAUGCAGAGGGUGCUCAAGUACCACCUCCUCCUGAAGGAGCUUCUGAGCCAUUCCGCCGACCGGCCCGAGAGGCAGCAGCUGAGAGAAGCACUGGAAGCCAUGCAGGACUUGGCAAUGUACAUAAACGAAGUCAAACGGGACAAAGAGACCCUGAAGAAAAUCAGCGAAUUCCAGAGUUCCAUAGAAAACUUGCAAGUGAAACUGGAGGAGUUUGGGAGGCCCAAGAUCGACGGGGAGCUGAAGGUCCGGUCCAUCGUCAACCACACCAAGCAGGACAGGUACUUGUUCCUGUUUGACAAGGUGGUCAUCGUCUGCAAGAGGAGGGGCUACAGCUACGAGCUGAAGGAGAUCAUCGAGCUGCUGUUCCACAAGAUGACCGACGACCCCAUGAACAACAAGGAUGUCAAGAAGUGGUCCUAUGGCUUCUACCUGAUUCACCUGCAAGGCAAACAGGGCUUCCAGUUCUUCUGCAAGACGGAAGACAUGAAGAGGAAGUGGAUGGAGCAGUUCGAGAUGGCCAUGUCGAACAUUAAGCCUGACAAAGCCAACGCCAACCACCACAGCUUCCAGAUGUACACGUUUGACAAGACCACCAACUGCAAAGCCUGCAGGAUGUUUCUCAGGGGCACCUUCUACCAGGGGUACCUGUGCACCAAGUGUGGCGUCGGGGCCCAUAAGGAGUGUUUGGAAGUGACGCCUCCCUGCAAGACCAGUUCGCCCGCAGAGCCGGACGCGUCUGGAGCUGGACCAGGGCCCAAGAUGGUGGCGGUGCAGAAUUACCAUGGCAACCCCGCUCCCCCCGGGAAGCCGGUGCUGACCUUCCAGACGGGCGACGUGAUUGAGCUGCUGAGAGGGGACCCCGAGUCUCAGUGGUGGGAGGGGCGGCUGGUGCAGACCAGGAAGUCCGGCUACUUCCCCAGCGCGUCUGUGAAACCCUGCCCCGUGGACGGAAGGCCACCCGUGGGCAGGCUGCCAUCCCGGGAGAUCGACUACAGCGCUUACCCCUGGUUUGCAGGCAACAUGGAGAGGCAGCAGACGGACAACCUGCUCAGAUCCCACGCCAGCGGAACCUACCUGAUCAGAGAGCGGCCGGCGGAGGCCGAGCGCUUCGCCAUCAGCAUCAAGUUCAACGACGAGGUGAAGCACAUCAAGGUGGUGGAGAAAGACAGCUGGGUCCACAUCACGGAAGCGAAGAAAUUUGAAAGCCUCUUGGAGCUGGUGGAGUACUACCAGUGCCACUCUCUCAAAGAGAGCUUCAAGCAGCUGGACACCACGCUCAAGUACCCCUACAAGUCACGGGAACGCACAGCGUCCAGGGCCUCCAGCCGCUCCCCAGUGUUCACGCCCCGUGUCAUCGGCACGGCGGUGGCCAGGUACAACUUUGCCGCCCGGGACAUGAGGGAGCUGUCUCUGCGCGAAGGCGACGUGGUGAAGAUCUAUAGCCGCAUCGGCGGGGACCAGGGCUGGUGGCGGGGCGAGACGAACGGCCGGAUUGGCUGGUUUCCUUCAACAUAUGUAGAAGAAGAGGGUGUCCAGUGAUGGCAAGAAUACGGACAGGACUUGAGAAUUUUCUUGGAAUGGGUGUCAGAGCCGUCUGACGUCCACCUCCAGCUCCGAGACCCAGAGAGGGAAAUGCCUGCCGACCUUCCAGUCUUCAACAGUCCGUAGGGAUGGGGGGGUGUUCAAAGUCCUAAACGCAAACCGUCCCAUCAGUCCGCCCUUGGUGGCCUGUUCUGAGUUCACCACUUGUACAUAGAGGAAAUCCGGGCCAGCCCCGCUGUGGCUGCCCCCACAGAGCGUCGAGGAAGGGGGCACCAGCAUUCAAGCCGCUGAGGCCAGAGCUCAUCCUGCCCCUGCCUUGUCAAGACGGCAUUCAUAAGCCUGAGUGUGAAUGGCAGAUGCUGUCUCAGGGAGGCUGGGGACAGCAGAGGGGACUUUCCCCCACCCUUUCUGCUCAGCCCCUGGACUCUCAGCCCGCCUGCUUCCUGCUGCUUCCAGGGGUGACUCAGGCCUUGGGAGGCAGGAGGGCCUCUGUGCAGCCCCAGCGUGGGCGUAGGAGAGCGCAUUGCAAGGGGCCUGGCAGGCCCCUUGACCUCAUGUCCCUCUGCACCAGGGGCAUGCAGAGACCCCAGGGCAGGUCCCUCUCUCGGGAGGGAGCCCUGGGAAUGAGGAAGUUGCUGAACCUACUCCCUGGUCAAUGGUACUGUCUUUGCCCUGAAUCCCAGGUUGUCUGUCCUGCCCUGCUGCCAGGAGACAUCGUUUGUAAAGCCCGACAUGGGCGGGAAGAACACGGGGUUUCCCCUCACCCUGUCCCUGCUGCUCACAUUCCUGUCCAGGAGGAGGCCCCAGCGCUCCUGUGCAGGGCCUUCUGGGUCUCUCGUGUCCUGCAAGGUGGUCCCUGAGGGUCCCCAGCCUUUGCACAGGAUAUUGGCUCUUGCCCUUGGCAGGUCUUCCUUCCAAGAACUCCAUAGCUCGUGAACUGGGCCUGUGGCCAGCCCAGAAUAAGUGCUCUUGGGGGUGGCUCCACCCCUGCAAUGCCCCCUCCUGACUUCUCCUGGCCUGGACCACUGGCUGGCUUGGCCAGACCCUGUUUUCUCUGCCUGGGUGUUGCAUGAGACCUAGUGACACUGUCCCUCCGAGCUCUGUGCCAACACUUCUGGUGGGACCUGGGCUUCCUGUGUUCAUGCCUCCCCUUGGUGAGCUGCACCGCCCAGUGCCGGGAACGGGGCCAAGCAGGGCCUCGUUUGCCACGCUGCACCUUGGGGCUCCG